AUGCUUGAGAUUCCUUCAAGUUGCUCAUUAUUUCGAGAUAAUUGUGCUUCUCAUUGUACAUCUGCUUGUGACCAUAAUUGUGGAUCCUUUUGUUUACAUGAAACCUAUCUGGGUCAAUCCAACACUUCCAAUCAUGGUUUAAUUAUGGAGACUAGUUUGAGUUAUCAAUCAUCAGCGACUCCAGUAUCAACAUGUUUACCCGAUUCAACGUCUUCAGAAUAUUCAACUUUACAUUCCCUUGAUGAUUAUGUUAACCAUGAAUCUACUUUUUCAUCGACAGCUUCACCUGGUUCUUCUUGUGCCUCAUCGUUAAUUGAGUCUUCAUUGGAUCAUCAUCAUGAUGAGGAUGAUAUCCAAUCAUCUGCAAGUGUUCAUUAUGAACCUUCAAGUAAAUCAUUAUCAUCUUCUUCUUCAUCGUCCUCCUCUUCAUCUUUGUCAUCAUCAUUAAUGUUAAGACGAAAGGAUGAAGCAAAUGUUCACAGUCAUCGACGAUUCCGUAAAAAGCGUGGCUUUCAUCAUCAAAUUCAACAGCGACAAGCAGCAAAUUUGCGUGAAAGAAGGCGAAUGCAAUCAAUUAAUGAUGCUUUUGAGAGUUUAAGAGAUGCAUUACCCAAAGACCCACCAUAUGAAAAGCGUUCAUCUAAAGUGGAAACCCUUAAAUUGGCUAUUCAAUACAUCGAAAAAUUAAAUGAAUACUUAUCAACCGGACGUAAUCCAAAUGACCCAUCACAAUCACAUCAACCUCCGCAAGUUGAAAAAAUUAUUAUCCCCUGUCAAAAAGUAUUUCAUGGUUUACAAUUGGCUGGUCAUUCAAUAUCUUGGACACAGCCAGAGCCAAAGCGUACUUAUGUAAUGGUAGCCAAAAUAUGGACACCAGAAGAUCCACGGACACUGGAAGGAAGCAAGGAAAGUCAUACGCCAAUCACGCCAGCAACAACAUCAAAUAAUUUGGAAUCUAGUUCAUCUCUAAUCACCAACUGUUAUUCACCAAUGGAUCAACCUAGUAAUUAAAGGUAUCAAAAUUGUAAAAACAAUUCGAUGAUGUGCAUCAUAUCGUCAAAUCUUCUAACAGCAUGAUCUUCAUCCAAGUAUAAAUAUUUUAUGAACCAUCAACUAAUCUCUUUCUUGAUGGAAAGGUGAAAGGAGAGAGAUUGAUGAUUCGUAAAAUGAUUUCUUUAAUAAUUUGAUAGAAUUUAAUUUUCUUCCUCUUCCUUUUCAUCUUGCUUCUUUUCUCAUCCUUUUACAAAUAUACAUAUAUCAUCGAUGAUAAUAAAUGGUAUACAAAUUAAACGAAACGAUUUGAUAUUUACUUCCCUCAGUCAUUUCCAUCAUUUGGUCUCUUACGUUAUGCUAUGAUUACAUGUGUUAUGUUCAUCUUUUUCGAGUUUAAUGCCAUUAUCUUCACCCGUGAUAUACAUUCAAACCUUUUCAACUAUCCAACCAUGAAGUUAACCCUAGAGGUUGAGGUUUCGUAAAUCAACAUGCAGCCCAUUGUACCGUUAAGUGGUCAAUUGAAAGAUACAAUCUUGAUAUAUUUUUAAAG